AUGGCGUCCCGAUACCCUCUCAAGCCCAAGCCAGACGAACGUGCGGCCGUCAAGCAUGCUGACCACUUUCAGGAAAUGUUGAAGCAGCACCCACCACAGACGUCCUCCCGUGCGUCGCUGUCCAAUUGGACAUGCUCUGUCCACAACAUCGUCAAUGUCAGAUUAGGCAAACCCGAGUUUGACUGCAGCACGCUGGCCGAUGUUUACAAAUGCGGGUGUGCAGAUGAGCCUGAAGAAGGUGGUGUCAGACCUGCCGAUGCUGCUGCUGCUGGUCUUGUAGAAGGAAUUGACGCUCUUGCUGCUUUGGCCUCGAGCCAGCGGGAUCGAGAUACUAUUGUGGAUUCUGUAGCGAAUGAACAGGAGGAUGCGCGACGGUAA